ACGGGCCGGGCCGGGCGGACCCCGCGCACCCACCCCGGGUCGGCCGCGGCUGCGGGAGGCGGAGCGGAGCCGGCGGGUUGUGGCUGUACUAACACCAUUUCUGGUUUGGCACUCUUAGAGUGUCCCUUUCUCACAGUAUCUGUGCUUGCCCAUCCGACACUAUGAGGAGAUUGGCUUUUCGAGGUGCUGGUUCUACUCUGAAGAAGUUGGAUUCCAUGGGUUCCAAGAGGCGAAGAGCUACCUCUCCUUCCAGCAGCGUCAGCGGCGGCGACUUUGAUGACGCCCAUCACUCCACCAAUGUUCCAGGCCCCAGCAGGAAGAGGAGGAGACUUUCCAACCUCCCAACUGUAGAUCCUAUUGCUGUCUGCCAUGAGCUCUACAACACUAUCAGAGACUACAAAGAUGAGCAGGGCAGGCUCCUCUGUGAGCUCUUCAUCAGGGCACCCAAGAGAAGAAAUCAGCCAGAUUAUUAUGAAGUGGUUUCUCAGCCAAUUGAUUUAAUGAAAAUCCAACAAAAGCUGAAGAUGGAGGAAUAUGAUGAUGUGAAUGUGCUGACUGCUGAUUUCCAGCUUCUCUUUAACAAUGCAAAGGCUUACUAUAAGCCAGAUUCUCCUGAAUAUAAAGCUGCCUGCAAACUGUGGGAGCUGUAUUUGCGCACAAAAAAUGAAUUUGUUCAGAAAGGUGAUGCUGAGGAUGAUGAUGAUGAUGAGGAAGGACAUGACAAUCAAGCAAAUUCUGAAUUAUCAUCUCCAGGUUACCUGAAGGAAAUUCUGGAGCAGCUUCUUGAUGCUAUAGCUGUUGCCACAAACCCCUCAGGACGACUCAUAAGUGAACUGUUUCAGAAACUUCCUUCUAAAGUGCAAUAUCCAGAUUAUUAUGCAAUAAUAAAGGAACCCAUAGAUCUUAAAACCAUUGCCCAGAGGAUACAGAAUGGAACUUAUAAAAGCAUUCAUGCCAUGGCCAAGGACAUAGAUCUUCUGGCAAAGAAUGCCAAAACCUACAAUGAGCCUGGAUCCCAAGUAUUCAAGGAUGCAAAUGCAAUUAAAAAGAUAUUUAAUAUGAAAAAGGCUGAGAUUGAGCACAGUGAGUUGGCCAAGUCAAGUCUCCGAAUGAGGACUGCAUCAAAUUUGGCUGCUUCCAAGCUGACAGGUCCUUCCUCACAGGGUAAAGGCAGUGUUGGGGAUGAGAGAAAUUCUUCUAACAAAUAUUAUCGCAACAAAAGAUCAGCCCAAGGGGAUCGUUUAUCAGCAAUAACCAUGGCACUGCAAUAUGGAUCAGAGAGCGAUGAGGAUGCAGCUUUGGCUGCUGCUGCUCGUUAUGAAGAGGGAGAGUCUGAGGCUGAGAGCAUCACCUCCUUCAUGGACACCUCCAAUCCCCUGUACCAGCUCUAUGACACAGUGAGAAGCUGCCGUAAUAACCAGGGCCAGCUCAUCUCUGAGCCCUUUUUCCACUUGCCCUCCAAGAAAAAGUAUCCUGAUUAUUAUCAGCAGAUUAAAACACCCAUUUCAUUGCAGCAGAUCAGAACCAAGCUGAAGAACCAUGAGUAUGAAACUUUAGAUCAGUUGGAGGCUGAUCUGAAUUUGAUGUUUGAAAAUGCCAAGCGCUACAAUGUCCCCAAUUCUGCCAUCUAUAAAAGGGUGCUAAAAAUGCAGCAGGUUAUGCAGGCAAAGAAGAAGGAGCUUGCUAGGAGAGAUGACAUUGAGGAUGGGGACAGCAUGAUUUCUUCUGCUACAUCUGAUACUGGAAGCUCAAAAAGGAAAAGUAAAAAGAACAUCCGGAAGCAGCGCAUGAAGAUCUUGUACAACGCGGUUCUAGAAGCUCGAGAGCCUGGCACAGGCAGGAGGCUCUGUGAUCUGUUCAUGGUUAAACCAUCCAAAAAGGACUAUCCAGACUACUACAAAAUCAUCCUGGAGCCAAUGGAUCUGAAGAUGAUAGAGCACAACAUCCGCAAUGACAAGUACGCGGCGGAGGAGGCCAUGAUCGAGGACAUGAAGCUCAUGUUCCGCAAUGCCAGGCACUACAACGAGGAGGGCUCCCAGGUGUAUAAUGAUGCCCAUAUGCUGGAAAAGAUCCUGAAGGAAAAAAGGAAAGAGCUGGGACCCUUGGCUGAAGAUGAUGAUGUUGCAUCCCCUAAACUAAAGCUAAGUAGGAAAAGUGGCAUUUCUCCCAAGAAGUCCAAGUACAUGACUCCAAUGCAGCAGAAGCUGAACGAGGUGUACGAGGCGGUGAAGAACUACACGGACAAGCGCGGGCGGCGGCUGAGCGCCAUCUUCCUGCGGCUGCCCUCGCGCGCCGAGCUGCCCGACUACUACGUCACCAUCAAGAAGCCCGUGGACAUGGAGAAGAUCAGGAGCCACAUGAUGGCAAAUAAAUACCAGGACAUCGACUCCAUGGUGGAGGACUUCGUCAUGAUGUUCAAUAACGCUUGCACGUACAACGAGCCCGAGUCUUUGAUUUAUAAAGAUGCCCUGGUGCUCCACAAGGUUCUGCUUGAAACUCGGAGAGAAAUAGAAGGAGAUGAGGAUUCUCAUGUGCCCAAUGUCAAUUUGCUGAUUCAGGAACUUAUCCAUAACCUCUUUGUAUCCGUUAUGAGCCACCAGGAUGAUGAGGGCAGAUGCUACAGCGACUCCUUAGCUGAGAUUCCUGCUGUUGAUCCCAACUUCCCAAAUAAACCUCCUCUGACUUUUGAUAUUAUCCGAAAAAAUGUUGAAAAUAAUCGCUAUAGAAGAUUGGACUUGUUCCAGGAGAACAUGUUUGAGGUGCUGGAGAGGGCCCGGAGAAUGAACAGGACUGAUUCAGAGAUCUAUGAGGAUGCAGUGGAACUUCAGCAGUUUUUCAUUAAAAUUCGAGAUGAGCUGUGUAAAAAUGGAGAGAUUCUGCUGUCACCUGCUCUCAGCUACACCACCAAGCAUCUUCAUAAUGAUGUAGAAAAGGAAAAGAAGGAAAAGCUGCCCAAAGAAAUAGAGGAGGAUAAGCUCAAAAGGGAGGAGGAGAAGAGAGAAGCUGAAAAGAGUGAAGACUCCUCUGGAUCAGCUGGGCUGUCGAGUUUGCAUCGGACCUACAGCCAGGACUGCAGCUUCAAGAACAGCAUGUACCACGUGGGGGAUUAUGUGUAUGUGGAGCCUGCAGAGACCAGCCUGCAGCCUCACAUUGUCUGCAUUGAGAGGCUGUGGGAAGAUUCAGCUGGAGAGAAAUGGCUCUAUGGCUGCUGGUUUUAUCGACCAAAUGAAACUUUUCAUCUUGCAACACGAAAAUUCCUGGAGAAAGAAGUUUUUAAAAGUGAUUAUUACAGUAAAGUUCCUGUUAGCAAAAUUUUAGGCAAAUGUGUGGUCAUGUUUGUCAAGGAAUAUUUUAAAUUGUGCCCUGAAAACUUCAGAGAUGAGGAUGUCUACGUGUGUGAGUCGCGCUAUUCUGCAAAGACAAAGUCUUUUAAGAAGAUUAAACUGUGGACUAUGCCUGUGAGCUCUGUCAGAUUUGUCCCACGAGAUGUGCCCCUGCCUGUGGUCAGAGUUGCUUCUGUGUUUGCCAAUACAGACAAAGUAGAUGAGGAGAAGCACAGUGAAACACUGGAGGACAGUAAGGUGGGAGAAAGUAUCCUUCAUCUUGAAAAGGACAAAGAAGAUGUUCCAGUGGAAAUGUCCAAUGGGGAGCCAGGUUGCCAUUACUUUGAGCAGCUCUGCUACAAUGACAUGUGGCUGAAGGUUGGGGACUGUGUCUUCAUCAAAUCCCAUGGGCUGGUGCGGCCUCGAGUGGGGAGAAUUGAGAAGAUGUGGGUGCGAGAUGGAGCUGCUUAUUUCUUUGGUCCAAUCUUUAUACAUCCUGAAGAAACUGAGCAUGAGCCAACUAAAAUGUUCUACAAGAAGGAGGUGUUUUUGAGUAACUUGGAGGAGACCUGUCCUAUGAGUUGCAUUUUGGGAAAGUGUGUCGUUCUGUCAUUCAAAGACUUCCUCUCGUGCAGACCAACAGAAAUCUCCGAAAACGAUGUUUUUCUUUGCGAGAGCCGCUACAACGAAAGCGACAAACAGAUGAAGAAAUUCAAGGGCUUGAAGAGGUUUUCUCUGUCUGCGAAAGUUGUAGAUGAUGAAAUAUACUAUUUUAGAAAACCCAUAGUUCCUCAGAAAGAGCCAUCUCCUCUCCUGGAAAAGAAGAUUCAGCAGCUGGAAGCAAAGUUUGCAGAGUUGGAAGGAGGUGAUGAGGACAUGGAGGAGAUGGGAGAAGAGGAAGGUGACAUGACUGAAACACCUUCUAUGCCUCAGCUUCAGGCCCCCUUAGCCAGUGAUUUGGAUAUAAUGCCUUAUACUCCACCCCAGUCCACUCCCAAGUCUGUUAAGGGCAGCACCAAGAAGGAGGGAUCAAAAAGGAAGAUCAACAUGAGUGGGUACAUCUUGUUUAGCAGCGAGAUGAGAGCUGUGAUUAAAGCUCAGCACCCAGACUACUCCUUUGGAGAGCUCAGCAGACUUGUAGGAACUGAGUGGAGAAAUUUGGAAGCAAACAAGAAAGCAGAAUAUGAAGAGCGGGCAGCUAAAGUUGCUGAGCAGCAGGAGAGAGAGCGAGCAGCACAGCAGCAGAAUUCCUCCCCCCGGGCAGGCACUCCUGUCGGGGCUCUUAUGGGGGUGGUGCCGCCACCAACACCAAUGGGAAUGCUCAAUCAGCAGUUGACACCCGUUGCAGGCAUGAUAAGUGGCUAUCCACCGGUGCUGCCACCUUUGCAGGGCCCAGUUGAUGGCAUUGUUAGCAUGGGCAGCAUGCAGCCACUUCACCCAGGGGUGCCCCCACCCCACCAACUCCCGCCAGGUAUGCCAGGCAUCCCAGGCAUCCCAGCACCCGGUGUUAUAGGCCAAAAUGUGUCCCCUAUGGUAGGCACUCCAGCACCAGGAGCAAGUCCUUUUGGACAGCAGAUCGGGAUCCUGGGCCCGCCGGGCCAGCAGGCGCCGCCGCCGUACCCCGGGCAGAGCCCCGCCAGCCAGCCCGUCAUGCAGCAGCCCAGCACGCCCAUGUUCGUGUCCCCGCCACCAAAGACACAGAGGCUCCUCCAUUCUGAAGCCUACCUGAAAUACAUUGAGGGGCUCAGUGCUGAGUCCAACAGCAUCAGCAAGUGGGACCAGACCCUUGCAGCACGCAGACGGGACGUGCACCUGUCCAAGGAGCAGGAGAGCCGCCUGCCCUCGCACUGGCUCAAGAGCAAGGGUGCCCACACCACCAUGGCCGACGCGCUGUGGCGCCUGCGGGACCUGAUGCUGCGCGACACCCUCAACAUCCGCCAGGCCUACAACCUGGAGAACGUGUAGGCACAGCCCGGGACAAUGGCUGCUCUGCUUGCUGGGUGGCAAGAGAUAACCAACAAUAAUUUGUAUUGCAUUUUACUGUACAUUGCAAGACCAUUUUUAUAUAAGGACACUUUUAAUAAGCAUAUUUCACUUUUUGUUAUAUUAAGUUGACUUUAUCGAAUACACAGAUUUUUUGCAUAUGUUUCCUUUGUUUGAAAGGCGAUUUCAUAAUUGGUUGAGUGUAGUCAAGGAUUCAUCUUUCUUAUACUUUAUUGCUGAGAAUCUGAUGCCAUUGUUUUUAUAUAAAAAAAAAAAGGAAAACAAAGUAUUUACAGAUUGAUACAGUGGAAUGUGAAGUAGUCAUAGUUUACAUCCUAUGAGAAUGUGUGUACCUGUGCUUGUGUGUGCUGGCCACUUCGGGCAGAACCGCUCGGGUGUGAACAGGGAGGAUCUCUUAAAAGAAGCUAAAGGUAAGAUGUGCUUUGGCACCAAGGAGAAUUGGCAUUCCAAGUCAACACUGAGGCAGCUGGGUGGGCCACAGCAGCCCUGGGAGUGCUGGUGUGGACAGGACAAGGGUGUCCUGACUGCUCAUGUUGUCCAGUCCUGUCCAGUUAUUUAACUGUGUAGCCAAGGCCAUUGUGGUCCUAAAUCAGUAACAAAGCCCCUGUGCUGGCAGGCCCUUAGAGGGGACAUGUUUCAUCUGCCAUGGCCUGUGCUGGGGCUUCUGUGACGUCCCCAACACCCAGCAGUGGGACAGGGAAGCUCCUUCCCUUCCCUGGGAGCUUCUGUCUCUGCUGGAAGAGGCUCACAGAACUCAGAACCAGCCCAGGUCUUGGAAGGUAAGUUAGGGAAGAAAAGUGGAGUUGUUCUGUUAGUAAAGUAAUGUGAUGUUUUUUGAAAUUCACACAAUUGGGCAUUGUAAGACAUUUUUGUAUGCUUUCUUUAAGUGUAUUCAUUAACCUUAGUGAAAGUUUUGCAAUGCAAAUUGGAGUGAAAUUUGAUGCUUAAAUUAACUUGAAAGUAAAAUACUACUGUAUGGUAUGUGUAAGGUCAGCAUACCCAGUACAUUGGAGAAAUAGAGUACUUGCAUUGCAGCCUUCAAAGGGUUUGGGGUUGGGGUUGUUUUGGGGUUUUUUCUUUUUUUUUUUUUUU